ACAGCUUUGAAAUGAAGAGAGAUUGCUUAAACAUGCAGAACAAGAAGAUUGUUCUACUUUUUCUUAUGGUUUCAGCUUUUCUUUUAUCAACUUCAAUGGCGGCCGGUCGACGACCCAAGGUCAUAAACAUGGCUAAGGAAAUAAAUGCAGGCUUUGAGGAUGGUGAUGAAGGAAGUGGAGCCCAUGAAAGGGUGCUUAGAGCAAACACGAGAGACUAUGGAAAGUUUGAUCCAUCACCAGCUCUUGAGAAGCCUCCUUUCAAGUUCAUACAGAAUUGAUGCCUGCUUUUCAUCCUUUAUGUUUGACAGGCAUAAUGUCAAAAAUAGCCCCUACCUUUUAUCAAAAAGAUCAUUUUGACCCCUAUUUUUUUUGAGCAUUUUGGCCGUCUACAUUAGACUUUGAGGCAAAAAACUCUUCUAUAAAUGAAAACAUUAGUUAACACAUGAUUAAUGCCAUAAAAUAAAAGUCUUUUUUAACCUAAAAUAAAACGUUGAGGGCAAAAAUGUCCCAAAAAAGAAAAAGGGACAAAAUGAUUAUUUUGUCAUAUGUUAGGGAAUUUUUUGCUUUAAAAUGAAAUGUUAUAGACCAAAAUGCUUUGAAAAUAGAAUAGAAGGCAAAAUGAUCAUUUUGAUAAAUGUUGGAGACUAAUUUUAAUAAUAUGCCUUUACUUAAUUAUAUCAACCAUCUCAUACAUACAUAUAUUUAAUAGAAGGACAGUGAGGAACAGAUCUACCAUGGUUGUGUCAUGUUUAUAAUGUAAUAAAUACGCGUGAAAUCAAUAAGGAACAUAUCUUUUACGGCUUACUACUCGGUCCCUGUAAGAUGUAUGAAUUUUCAGUUUGGUUCUUUAAGAAUUUUUCAUCACUUUGUCU